CUUGCCUCACUUUCUAAUUCAUUAGCCCUAAUUUAGUUUUCUUAGUUUGCUAUCUAUGAAACAACCAUAUCUCUGGUCUCUGGAAUCACCUCUCUCUCUCUCUAUAUAUAUAUAUAUCGUAACCUUUUCUAAAAACAUCUUCACAGGCAUGGCCAAAUCAGAUCUCCUAAACAUUCAACCCCAAAUGGGUGAGAGAGAGGAAGAAGAAAGGUUGAAGUAUUUGGAGUUCGUGCAAGUUGCUACAAUUCACGUUUUGAUGUGCUUGGCGAGGUUGUAUGACUAUGCCAAGGACAACUAUGGGCCUCUGAAGCCUAGUGUUGAGAUCGUUGAAGGCACCGUCAAAGGCACCAUCAAGACUGUCGUUGGCCCUGUCUACGAUAAGUUCCAUGACGUCCCUAUCGAACUCCUCAAGUUCGUCGAUCGCAAGGUUGACAAGCUGGCCUACCUUUAGGAAUGGAGGGAUGAGUGUUUGUGGGUAUAUAUUUAGAUAUAUGUGUGAGUGUGUAAGGCUAUAGGCCUAGUGAUGUGAGUUACCAUAUUGUUAUUCUAAGUGUUUAUAUGCAGGUACUUAAAUAUGCUGGUACUUUUGUUAAGGGAGUCCAUUGUUAUGAGUCAAGUGUUGGGAGCUCUAAAUUUUUGGAGUGUUUUUUUCUUUUCAUUCCCUUACUUGCUUUUGUUGCUGAGUGUGUGCAUGCACCUUUUUUCUGUUCCUCAUCUAUUGUUUUCUUUAUACCAUGGAUUUGAUCUUGGCUCUUGCAAAUGAUUAUUUUUGUUGCAAUUUCUUACCUUUUUGUUUCUU